CCAUAAUGCAUUAGGCCACGUCUGCAUUGUUUCCGGUUGAACGUGGAAGACUGUCAGAACUUGCAAAAUGAAUUUUUUCAGACUUGUUGGUGAUAUGAGCCAUUUAUUGGCCAUAUUAAUAUUACUUUUGAAGAUGUGGAAAAGCAGAUCCGUUGCAGGAAUAUCUGGGAAGAGUCAGAUUCUUUUUGCACUUGUUUUUACAACAAGAUACCUAGACCUGUUUACAUCCUUCAUAUCUGUCUACAAUACAUCUAUGAAAGUUUUCUUCAUCGCAUCAUCAUAUGUGACAGUAUACUUCAUCUACCAACACUUUAAGGCCACGUAUGAUUCCAACCAUGACACAUUCAGAGUAGAGUUUCUGGUUGUGCCAGUUGGUGGGCUUGCUGUUCUUGUGAACCACGAAUUCUCACUGCUUGAGAUCCUGUGGACCUUCUCCAUCUACCUGGAAUCAGUUGCCAUCUUACCCCAGCUGUUCAUGGUGAGCAAAACUGGAGAGGCUGAAACCAUCACCAGCCAUUACCUGUUUGCUCUGGGCUCCUACCGCGCACUCUAUCUCCUCAACUGGAUCUACAGAUACUACUUUGAGGGCUUCUUUGACUUGAUCGCUGUUGUGGCCGGUUGUGUGCAGACAAUACUCUAUUGUGACUUCUUCUAUCUCUACAUCACUAAAGUUCUAAAAGGAAGAAGAAUUGUGUUGCCCCCUUAAGACAUUGUGAUCAAACAAAACCUAAAUUAGAAGUGUUGAAAGGCAAGAAAAUCAGUUUACCAGCAUAAGAAAGUGCCUAGUGAUUAAGCUACACCACUGAUAUUUCACAAAGACAUGGAACUAAAGGCACUAUGAAUAGAAAAAAGAUUGAACAGCUAUAUGUUUAACUGAUUUAGUGUACUUCUCAUUUUAUAUACAUAAGAGUUUGGCAUGUAUCUUUUUAAAAAUGGUUAUCCAUUGUCGCAUCAUGUGUGAACUGAAGAAUGGCAGUUGUUAGCAGUUGUUGAGAAAAUCAUGUGAAAUAUUUGUGAAGUAGGUUUAUUAUUGACAAGAAGACGUACUGGUAUGUGUACUAAAUAUGCAUGAUGUAUAUGGAGCCUUGCAUGUUCUCAUACACUGUGUAUAAAGUGUUUCACUGUGUGAUUGUAAUGAGGACCACAUGUUUUAGUUGAAGAUUGCUUAUUUCAUGUAUCUUUUUAUUUUCUGCUGGUGGUAUUUCUUUCAAAACAAGUAGUUGCAGACAGUUCAUUUGACACAAAUUAAUGAAAACUAUUGUAAACACUUCCUCCCUGAAAACUGUUCCCUAGUUGACCCCAGUGAAAUUGUGUUUUGAUAAAUAACAAAUUGCCAGUAAAUCAUUUCUAAAAAGCUAUUAUGACAAACAUUCAAGUGUGCAGUUUACCUUUUGAACACUAUCCCCAAGAGUACAGUAUUCAAUGUACAUAGCUCUAUUUAUAUAAUAAUUCACUCUUCUAGUCCAAAAGAAAUUAGUAUGGGCAGUGCUCCAGCUAGGCCUAAAUAGCAGGGUGAGGCACCCUGCUGCCCUUUUCUGUACUAGCCAGUCCUGGGCGGAGCACUGAUGGUGGAGGGUCUCUUUAAAGAUCAAUUUGAACUGUUUGCUGCUAUUCAGGUAUGUGUAUUGCUGUUAUGUUUUUGUUGCAUUGUAUUUAAAAGGAAUUUGUUCUGUGUUAGUUCAUAAAUGAUACAUUGAUAAAAUAUUUAAAUGUACUACUAAACAAGCAUAGAUUCUGCAUUAUUGUGACUUUUAUAAAGUGUUAUAUAAAGAAAUGUUCUUCUAAAUCACUGUUCCUUUAUUUGCUACUGGGCCUUUUGUCGUGUUGAGAAUCGGUUUCAGACUAUCGAUAAUGAAUAAUCGGUUCCACUAAAGAAACCGAUUAUUGAUAGUACAAUCAGUUUUUUGCAAUACCAUAAUUGUAGUUUAACUCGAGAACAAUUACUAUUAAUCCUGAACUAUGCUAAUGUAAUGUGUAUGUUUAAAGUUACAUGAACCUAGUGUUGUUACUUUUGCCAUAUUGUUGAUUAUAACAACUGAACAUUUCUGAAUGUAUAAAAAAACCUAAAGGAGAAAAUUGGCGGAAAUUACCAGGACUUAUAUAACAAGUGGAAAGAAGAAAAACAACUGUUGAAUCGAUGAUAACCAAUUCAUCAUACAAUCAAUUGUCGCUCGUUUUAGGUCUGACCAAUCAAUUUUUUGUUUAUUGGAACAUCACUAGCCAUUUGUACUCUCAGUACUUUCCAAGAAUUGUUAGAAGAAACUUGAUAUCCUAUUUUGAUAGUUUUUGAAAAGGAGAAAUAAAUGUAUACCUGCAUAGUAAAUCAUUUGAUAUUUUGUAAGACUAGCUGGAAUAACUAUAUUUAGUUGUAUUAUUUACUGGAUAAAUUGCUUUAGCAUUUUAACUGCAGUUACUAGGCCACGAAACCAUUAAAAUACCAAGAAUUUAAAGUUCAAAACAAAAUAUUUUUGGAUUUAUUUUUCAAUCUAGCUUUUAUCAUUUGUACAUAGUAGAUUAUACUGUAUUUCUAGCUUGUGUCUAUGAUGACAAUGCAUGCAUGAAAUUUGCAGUCAUUGAUUAUGUCUGACAAUAAAGUUAACAUCUAAGAA